UCUGCCGGCGAGCAGUGCGGACGCGUCGUCGAAAGGAUACGGUUGUCGUUGCCCGCAAAUAUUUGCUGGCACGACCGCGAUUUGCCCCACCGUCGGAGCCCACGGUAACGCGGACGGAUCCCGCGGACAGAGAACCACCUCCUCUCUGCCCGGCCCGACGACCCUCCCUCCCUCGCGACGGGUUACCCGGUGUUCUACCAGCGCCGCGGCGGUUCCCCUCUAUUGAUCGAAUUCGACCUGCGAAGUUUCUCCUAGCGUGUGCGGUAGUGGCGGCCGGCAGUGGCUCUCGCGUUACGUUCCUCGGUUAGUGCGGUAAAUAAUCGCGAUACCUCGGCAUGGCUGCUCCGGCCACUUGCACGCGGUUCAGUGACAACUACGAAGUCAAGGAGGAACUGGGCAAGGGCGCCUUCUCCGUGGUACGACGAUGCGUCCAGAAGAGCACCGGCCACGAGUUCGCGGCGAAAAUCAUAAAUACCAAAAAGCUCACGGCCAGAGAUUUCCAGAAACUCGAACGUGAGGCGCGGAUAUGCAGAAAAUUGCAACAUCCAAAUAUCGUGAGAUUACACGACAACAUACAGGAGGAGAACUACCAUUACCUCGUCUUUGAUCUAGUAACUGGUGGAGAACUGUUCGAGGACAUUGUCGCGCGAGAAUUCUACAGCGAAGCAGACGCUUCUCACUGUAUCCAGCAAAUCCUGGAAAGCGUACACCACUGCCACCAUAAUGGAGUUGUGCACAGGGACCUGAAACCUGAGAAUCUGCUGCUCGCGAGUAAGGCGAAAGGCGCGGCUGUGAAACUAGCUGAUUUCGGAUUGGCGAUCGAAGUGCAGGGUGACGCGCUAGCAUGGUUCGGUUUCGCUGGAACGCCCGGUUACCUCAGUCCGGAAGUCCUCAAGAAGGAACCUUACGGCAAGCCAGUCGACAUCUGGGCGUGUGGCGUCAUCCUUUACAUCCUCCUCGUCGGUUAUCCGCCGUUUUGGGACGAGGAUCAGGGUCGACUCUACAUGCAGAUCAAGGCUGGAUCGUACGACUACCCCAGCCCAGAAUGGGACACUGUGACGCCGGAAGCAAAGAAUCUCAUCAAUCAGAUGCUGACGGUGAAUCCUAGCAAAAGGAUCACCGCCAGCGAGGCACUGAAGCAUCCAUGGAUCUGCCAACGUGAACGUGUCGCAUCCGUCGUCCACAGACAAGAGACGGUGGAUUGUUUGAAGAAAUUUAACGCAAGGCGCAAAUUAAAGGGCGCUAUUCUGACGACCAUGUUGGCGACGCGGAACUUUUCCAGUAAGUAUGAUACACAGGGUCGGAGCACCAUCACGAAGAAGGGAGACGGUUCCCAGGUGAAGGAAUCCACCGACAGCAGCACAACGAUCGAGGACGAUGACGUUAGAGAGGAUAAGAAGGGCGGCGUCGACCGGAGCAGCACGGUCAUUGCCAAAGAACCCGAAGGCUCCGCCUCCCAGGGCACGCCUCCGAACAGUCCUGCCGCCGUGUCCGCACUCAUCAGGGUAGUCGGGGCAGCGAGCCAGAACAAGCAACCCCAGAACCAGGUUCAGGGGAACCCCCUUGGAUUAGCCGCGGUACUCCUACAGGGAGCCCAAGCUGGCAGCGCAGGAAGCGGUAGCAGCAGUGGAAGCAGCAGCAACAGCCAGAACAGCCAGACAGGCGCUUCACCGUCAUCGUCGUCGGCCGUCUACAUCGGCAACCACACCGCGGCGACGCCCACGACAUCGUCGCGACGCUACGACUCUGCGAGCAACGAACCGGAAGUCCGACGAACGGGCGCCGCUGGAUACGUGCAGCUUGGCCCGGCCGAGUGCUGCGACCCGGAAGACGAAAUAAGAAUCGUGUGUCCUAUCAAGACCUGCAGCCAGCUUUCGACCAACUCCCAGUGCUCAGCACGCCGUCAGGAGAUCAUCAAGAUGACCGAGCAGCUAAUCGAGAGCAUCAACACUGGCGAUUUCGAGGCGUACACGAAAAUCUGUGAUCCGCACCUGACCGCGUUCGAGCCGGAGGCUCUAGGUAAUUUAGUCGAGGGAAUGGAUUUCCACAAAUUUUACUUUGAUAAUGCAGUCCUGGGGAAGAACUGCAAGGCCGUGAACACGACGAUCCUGAAUCCUCACGUACACCUCCUGGGGGAGGACGCCGCGUGCAUCGCGUACGUCAGGCUCACGCAAUACAUGGACAAACAAGGCGUAGCGCACACUCAGCAGAGCGAGGAGAGCCGCGUGUGGCACAAGAGGGACAACAAAUGGCAGAACGUGCAUUUCCACCGAAGCGCGGUGACGGGUCCGUCGCCGUUCUCCUUCAAUCACAAGUAAAUCGGCCGUGAGCGAGGAAAGGGAGGAAGUAGAAGAGAUGAAGGGCCGAUGUGUCGGUGAACGCUCGUCGCCUCGACGCGUGAAACCAAUCAGAGCCGUGCAAGAACGCGAGAGCGAUGUCAACACCCGCGUGCAAUAGAAACGAGCACAAACACUCGCACAGAGACAGACAAACUGACAUCUCGUUCGGAUAAAUAGAUAAAUGUGGAACGAACGCAGCUAUUGCACGGAGCAGGAAGAUCAGACCUGGAAGGAAUCGAAUCAGACGCUUUAGGUCCACCUAGAGGUCAAUCUUUAGGUCAACUUUGAGGUCAGUCUUUAAGCUAGCGAUUAACCAAAGAAUUACUCGACCACAUUCUUCUCAAACGUGUGGAAUCACAUUCCCCUUGAUCCAGGUGUCUCCCUCCCCGCGCAAUGCGUAUAUUUAUUUAUUUAUUCCUCGAUACACGCACGCACACGCGUACACUCGAGCAACGAGCGACUCUCUGUCUCUGUUCGCAACAUCCGAGGCCCACGUCGUCGACAAUCUCAAGAGAAGAAAGAAGAAAGAAGAAAGUUGCAAGGAAAGGAAAA